UGAAAAUCCAGAAUGGCCGACGACGACAACGAGAACAAGCCAGCGAAGCGGCUCAAGGUCGCGGCAACACCGCUUGGAUUCCACCUCACUUCACUGCGCAGUGGCACAGCUGAACAGAACCGGUAUGCAAUGCCGCUGUCAAGACUGUUGGAAGGAGAGUUCACCCAAGCCAUCAUGACCAACUAUAAAGUCGACGUACCAUGGCUAUUUGGGCAACAUCCACGGCUUCGACAGGUUCCCAUCUAUCUUUUGCACGGCAUGCACCAUGACACCGUACAAGCGGCUUGCCGACAGUACAAACAAGCCACAGUUGCGGCGCCUCCUCUCCCAAUACCGUAUGGGACCCACCACACCAAGAUGAUGGUACCGCUCUGCUACACGCUUGGCCAUGCGCUAACACAACCAAACAAGAUACUGUUUUAUCCAGCAUAUAUUCGAGUCGCGAUCUUUACGGCGAAUUUCGUGGCCGGCGACUGGGAUUCCAAGACGCAAGGCCUGUGGACGCAAGACUUUCCACUCAAAUCCACGACAACAAGCACGGCUGCGCCAUCUACGUUUGAAGCGGACCUUCUCGACUACAUGACAGCGCUAAAGUGUUCCGCCGUCACCGCCCUUUGUCGCGAACAGUUCCUCAAAUAUGACUUUUCCACGGCCAACGUCGUGCUGGUGGCGUCGGUGCCAGGCGUGUAUCGCGGCAUCCACGACAUGCACAAGUACGGGCAUUUGCGCGUGAAAAAAGUACUGCAGCAACACGUUGCGCCGCACAGCCACCCGUUGGUGUGUCAGUACUCGAGCCUGGGCUCGCUCGACGAAAAGUGGCUGCAUGAAUUCUAUACGAGCUUUGUGCCUGGUUCGGGAACAACUGGAUCGGCAACGGCCCAGCGAGGCGCGAAAACAGCACCUACCCUGCCUGUGCCAGCGAAAUUGCACUGUAUUUGGCCUUGCGUGGCCGCCGUGCAAAAUUCGAUCGAAGGAUGGGAUGCCGGGCGAUCCCUGCCAUGCACGGUGAAGAAUUUGAAGCCAUUUUUGCACAAGUACCUUCGGCAUUGGGACCCCCCGACGGAAUUGCACCGCAAAACCGCGAUGCCCCACAUCAAAAGCUAUGCCACGAUCGAUCCGGCGACCGAGAAUUUGGACUUUGUCCUCCUGACGAGUGCCAACUUGAGCAAAGCAGCGUGGGGUGCCCUUGAAAAGGGCGGGACACAAUUCAAGAUUCGAUCGUACGAGCUCGGUGUGCUCUUCCUUCCGACCGACCCCCCAACACCAACAAGACACUUCUUGCGCUUGCUUCAACACGCCACGACCGACGCAGAGCUGACAACGUCGUCGGCAAUGUACUUUCCCAUGCCGUUUCGAUGGCCGCCUCGUUCGUACAACCCGAAAACUGACGAGCCGUGGACGUGGGACCUCGAGCGCACCGACGUCGAUGUGUUCGGGCAAACGUAUCGGUUGGACUAAGCCAUUUAAAAAAGCCCAUGCUUUAAUUGGGCACGUGGCCGGCAUGCCAUUCGUGAUGAG